AGCAUCCCGUUCAAUUUGUGUUGAUAACUCGCUGAAGACAGAACAGUGGUGUUGAUGGCGUGUCUAUCCGGCAAAUUCAAAAAAGAAAAUUACGAAAUAGCUUUUUAAUUACUUCCAAGCGAUAAAGUGUUUUAAUCGAAAUUGAGUAGAAAAAAAUUAUAUUUCAAUAAUAGUAAAAAUUUCCAUGCAAGACAAUCGUAAAUUAAAACGUAAUACGUUCGUGUGAUUACUAAAAAAAAAUAAUAAAAUCCAAAGAAAAGUGAAAUAACUUAAGAGUAGUAAAAUGUCGGCACGCAUGCGCAACAAGUUACAUAGUGACUUUGGCUUCAAGUUAACAUUGCUACCGUCAGUUUGGCUGUUGCUGUUUAUACAACUCGCAGUGCAAUUGGCUAAUACAGUUGCUGCCAAAGAUUUGCCGUCAACUUUUGACAAGUGCAAACGCGAUGCGAACUUUGACAAAUGUCUUGUGGAUGCUGUGAACAAUGCGAUCUUGCUGCUUAAGGAUGGCAACAAGGAGUUCGGCAUACCACCACUAGAACCACUCGCUGUUAAAUCGCUGGUCAUCGACUCCGGCAAUGCACCAAUUACGUUGAAGCAAACGAUGAAAAAUUUGCUAGUACAUGACAUGAUCUCGACCAGCAAAGUACAACGCUAUCGUACUGAUCUAAAUAAUCAUCUGAUUAUUUGCGACAGUAAAACCGAUCGUAUUGAAAUGGUGGGCGAUUAUGAAAUGUCAGGACGCAUACUACUGUUACCUAUAACGGGUAAUGGUAAAGCAAAUUUGACAUUGAUCAACACUCGCAUCGAACAUCGUCUCAUUGGUGAACCCUUCAUGCGCGAUGGCGUUAAAUAUAUGCGCUUGAAAGAGUAUCGUGUUGAUUUGAAUCCAAAACGUGUUUAUAUGCAAUUUGAUAAUCUCUUCAAUGAUCGUUUACUCUCACAAACAAUGAAUCGUUUUUUGAAUGAUAAUUGGGAGACGGUGUUCAACGAGCUAAAAGUUGGCUAUGCGCGUAGUUUUGGUAAAAUUUUCCGUGAUAUAUCGAAUAAGUUAUUUGAGGAGAUACCUUUCGAUUCAAUAUUCCUGAGUUCUUGAAACCGUGGCGCACUAAACUAAGGGUGCAGCUAAAAAACAAUCGCUGGGUAUUUUUCUUUUAAUAUUUAAUAAAGCCUCUGCAGAUUUUACUAUAAGAAUGUGAGUGAGAACUUUGAAUUGAGUUAUUUUUGAAUUUAUUAUGUGUAGUUAUUUAUAAGUGUAUAACUUAAAGAAAACAAAUUGUAAAUUUAUAUAUAAAAUAUAUAUGUAUGUACCUAUAUAAAUAUGUA